CUCUCCGCUCUUUCGGUUUCUGUUGUGGUAAACCAAUUUCCUGUGCGGACACUUCAUCACAGUGUUAGUUGUACGUUAAGAGGAGCCAGAAGAGGUGUACUUCCCAGACGUAACGGAGAGGUUGAAGAACAGCGAUCACAGCCACAAGCACUGAAAAUGAAGUUGCAUUUCUGUCCUCAGUGCGGAUCGGGACUUCAGCCUGGGUUCAAGUUUUGCCCCUCGUGUGGAGAGAAACUCCCUUGCGCUGUAGAUUCCGUGGAGUCUGCCGAAUGCCCCGUGUCACCGAGCACAAAACCGGCUAACGCUGACAGCGUUCAAGGGUCGUCUUCUCCUGAUUUAAAGACCAAGACUCCAGCUGGAGGGAAGAUUGGGGGUGGUGCUUCCCCAAGUAGUGUUUUGGCUCGCUCUCCUGCACGUGCAACACGCAGAACAGUCUGCAAGUCCCCAUCUAAAGCAGCAACACCUAAAAGUACACCCACCCCUUCAGAUCAAAAGUCACUGACAUCGCCACAGAAGAGAAAGGCCCCUUCUCAAGAGACACAGGAGGAAGAGCCCAAGAAGGAAACUGCCCCCUCCCCUCGUACUCCACCAUCAGUUAAAGGGAAAGCCAAGAAAGCCAAGCAAGUGUGUGCUGUGGAGGAAGGCGUGGAGUUUACUGACCAGGCGGGGAGUAAAUGGAAAUUGGAAAAAUUACUAAAUGAAACAGAGACAGAGUUUACAUAUGCAGUGUCAAAGGUUGGUGCAAAAUCCUCUGUGCAGAAACACAUUCUGAGGCUGGGAGCCAAAGACGGGCAACUGUUUAACGAACAGAACUUCCACCAAAGAGCAGCCAAACCUGCCGUAGUGGAGAAGUGGGUAAAGAAGCAGAAUCUGGACUUCCUUGGAAUCCCGUCCUGUGUUGGCUUUGGACUCCAUGAAACAUACAGGUUUUUAAUAUUUCCUGACAUGGGCCAGAGCCUUCAGUCAGUCAUAGAUGAAGGUUUAGGAAUUCUGCCUGUGAAGACAGUCCUCCAGGUGUCAUUACGAAUACUGGAUGUGCUGAAAUAUAUCCAUGAGAAUGAGUACGCCCAUGCAAACAUACAUUCUGGUAACAUCUUUGUCAACCAGACUGCAAACACUCAGGUGUACCUAUCUGGAUUUGGACAUGCAUUUCGGUUUUGCCCAGGUGGUGAGCAUGUGGAGUAUCGGGAGGGCGGUCGCACUCCUCACCAGGGAAACGCCAGCUUCAUCAGCCUGGACUCCCAUAAGGGGGUUGGCCCCUCUCGGCGGAGUGACCUGCACUCUCUGGGUUACUGUAUGCUGAGCUGGAUGACAGGUGCUCUUCCAUGGAAUGAUACCACACAGACAAUUACAGCUGUUGCUGCAGAAAAGGAGAGGUAUAUGAAUGACGUCUCUGGACUCUUGAGGGACUGCUUCAAACGAAAGAAGGUGUCAGAUGUACUGAAAGGAUACCUGUCCCAUGUCAUGGGCUUGCAGUAUUCAGAGAAGCCAAAUUAUGAGCUUCUGACAUCGGUGCUUAGUGACGCCUUGGAAAAGAUGGGUGAGAGUCUGGAGGAGCCACUAAGUUUCUAGAUGAGACGAGUCAUCUUCAGAGAGGAUGAAGAGCUGGGAUGCAAAUGAUUUAAUUUGCAGUCAGUCAGCAGAACUGAUUGUUAUUAAAUUAUAAUGUGAUCUGAUAGUAAUAUGUGACCUGUUUGGAGAGUGAUAUUACUGAGUUGUAUUUUAGUGAAAGUUUUAUUGCAAGACAGCAUGGCUUUGUGAGCGGAGCUCUGUGUGUGUGUGUGUGUGUGUGUGUGUGUGUGUGUGUGUGUAUGUGUGUUCAUGUGCACAUGUUUGCGUGCAUUUUCCGAUGGCACAUUUAGGUUAUAGAGACACAGUUUUGUAGCGACAUCCUGGGAGACUUUGUUCAUGUCGAGCACACGUGUUAAGGUUUGGUUCUGACAUUUUGGAGUACCAACCCAGGAACAAAUGCAUUGUCUGGUUCUUGAGCAUGAUUGGUGUAAACGGUCUUUGACUACUGUUGAGGGAUAAUAUUGUUCAGCUUGUACUGCAAAGAAAAGGUUGAUGAACUGUUUUGUUUACUAUCAGUUCAGUUAGAUACUUAGCCCAUGUAAGAUGGCCAUCACUGAGUUCCUAUGUAGAGCUAAUGAACUAAUGUUUAUUGAUG